UUCCACAGACAGCCCACUCCACGGACAUGAACUGCUCCAAGGCUGAGCUGGGGUCUUGGAUCUUGCAGCACGGAAGGCGGCAAAAUGGCUGCCCUGAUUUGGAAGAUGUGCGCCUGGCAGCCUCUCUGGGCAUGAAGAGCCAGGGCCAGGAAGAUGAUGGGGCUGCAAAACCGUCCCAAAACAUUGCAGUUCAGACUGACUUCAGGACGGCUGACUUGGCAGCCAGUACUGAUCUGAACAUCGAGAAGAACCUGGACAAGAUGAUGUCUGAGAGAGCUUCGUUGAAGGAGCGAUACCAAGAAGUCCUGGACAAACAGAGGCAGGUGGAGAACCAGCUGCAGGUGCAGCUCCAACAUCUACAACAGCGCAGGGAAGAAGAGAUGAAGAAUCACCAGGAGAUCUUGAAGGCCAUUCAGGAUGUGACCGUUAAGCGGAAAGAAACCAGGAAGAAGAUGGAGAAGGAAAAGAAGGAGUUUUUGCAAAAGGAGCAGGACCUGAAGGCAGAAAUUGAGAAGCUCUGUGAGAAAGGCCGGAGGCUUUUGAAGGAGCAAGAAGAGAAGGAGAACAAGAUUGUUUCGUUGAUUGCUGAACAGGCAGAGGAGAAGGAAGCAUGGGAACUGGAGCUGGGCAAGCUGAAGAACCAGCAGAGUGACAUCAACCGGUCAAUCUUGGAGGAGACGGAGCGGGCCUGGAAAGCAGAGAUCCUAUCUCUGGAGAGCCGAAAGGAGCUCCUGGUGCUGAAGCUAGAAGAAGCCGAGAAAGAAGCAGAGCUGCACCUCACCUACCUCAAGUCAGCACCCCCUACGCUGGAGACAAUCCGGCCAAAGCAGGAGUGGGAGACCAGGCUGAACAAAAUACGGAUGACCAAGGAGAGUGUCCGUGACAAGUUCAACGAUCACAUCCAGCUGGUACGGAACGGGGCCAAGUUGAGCAGUCUCCCACAGAUCCCCACACCCCCUCUGCCCCCGCCCCCAUUGGAGACAGACUUUCUGCUGCCUCCUUUCCAGGCCAAGUCCUCUCUCGCCCCCCAGCUGCCCUUUCCCAUCGGGACAGUUUCCAUGCCCCCGAUGGUCAUGCCCAGCGCUGACCCACGGGUGCUCUCCUUCCCCCUGCUGAACUCCAGCCUCAUCACCAGGCCCAGUCAGCCUUCGCCGACUUUGCCUGCAGCCCAGGAGCGGAGCAGUCCCUGCCUCUCUUCCCUGGUCGGUUCCCAUGGGGCACCUGGACCCUCGCUGCCUCCCCCCCCAGGCCUGAGUGGAGUCAAGACCCCAUCUGACUUCCAUAGACCCCCUCCUGUGGACAAGCUGGAGAAGAUCCUGGAGAAGUUGAUGACGCGCUUUCCUCAGUGUAAUAAGGCCCAGCUGACCAAUGUCCUCCAGCAGAUCAAAGCAGCUCGAAGGACCUUGGCGGGACUCACCAUGGAAGAGUUGAGCCAGCUUGUGGCAGCCAAAGUGGCAGAGCAGCAGGAACGGGUGGCAGCUGUUGGCACCCAGCCCCAUAGCCGGAUGUGCUCCCCCUUGUUCCCUGGUCCAUUGCCUCAGAUCAGCAACCCUAUGUUCUUGCCACCUGCACAGGUCUCCUACUCUGGGACGCCACCACAGGUACCUGUGACCUGCAAAUUGUGUCUGAUGUGCCAGAAGCUGGUCUCACUCAGCGACCUGCACCCCAUGGCCUGUUCACAUGUGCUGCACAAGGAGUGCAUUAAGUUCUGGGCUCAGACGAACACAAACGAUGCCUGUCCCUUCUGCCCCGCCCUGAAAUGACCCCGGCUGAAGUGGAGAGGCGGAGGUGGCUUCCGAGGGGCCUUGCGCCCAGUGUUUCUAUGGCUCUGUAUUUAUAUGGCAGUGUAUACACCUGUACAUUUUUAUUCUAUAGGGAAUGUGUGUAUAGAAAGUCCACACCCAUACCAGUUCAUAAUAAAAUGUGUAUAUGAUGCA